AUGAUUCUCUCCCUAUCUUGGAAAUAUUUAGCAGUCUCGGCAUUCGUGGUGUACUUGGUUCAACUUUAUACCCGUCGAUACGUGAAAUGGCGCAAGGUGGCAGCGCUCGGGGGAGACACCCCCCGGGUCACGACAAGGUUCUUCUUCGGUCUCGACUUCCCUGUCCAUUCGACUCUCGCGAUCGUGAGGAACGAAGCUCUGGAGUUUUGGCAGUAUCUCUUCAGCCACACAGGCACAGAUAUUCAAGGGUACGGCUCUUAUACUUGUGAACUGCAUCUCCUCGAGGAUGUACGGAUCCUCUUUACGGCCGAUCCGGAGAACACCAAGGCGAUUCUUACCCAACAGUUUCAAGACUUUGGAAAAGGUGAACGAUUCCACGAAGAAUGGAAACAGUUUCUCGGAGACAGCAUUUUCACCACUGAUGGCCAGCAAUGGCAUAAUUCACGACAGCUCAUUCGGCCCAUGUUCAUCCGAGACAGAGUCGCUGAUCUUCCACUCUUUGAAACCCAUGUGCGGAAGCUGAUAUCCAUGAUGGGCACUGGGGAGAAGGUUAUGCUGAACAAACUGUUGUUCCGCUACACUCUGGACGCGUCUACCCAUUUUCUUUUCGGACAUAGUGUGGGCAGCCUGGAAGUUGAGCAGUCCGCAUUCGCAACGGCUUUUGACGAAGUGCAACGAGUCCAAGCUCUAGAGGGUCGAUUGGGACCGCUGAGGCACUUUUACUCCAAAAAAUCAUUCAACGACGGCCUCAAAACCAUGGAGGAUUUCAUCGAACCAUACAUAACAGAGGCUCUGUCACUAUCUCCGGAAGAGCUCGACUCCAAACUCUCACGAUCCGAUACCUUCAUCCAUGCCCUAGCGCGAUAUACCCGAGACCGAAAGGUCAUGCGCGAUCAAUUGGUCGCUCUCCUCCUCGCUGGCCGUGAUACGACCGCGGGAACACUGUCUUGGCUGUUUUUGGAAUUGUCGAAGAAUCCAAAGGUGGUCGCCAAACUUCGAGCCGAAAUCGUCCAAUUCCUCGGCGACAAUGGCCGUCCGCCCACAUACCAAGAGAUCAAAGACAUGAAGUAUUUGACAUAUGUUAUCAACGAAACGCUGAGAUUGUACCCCAUAGUGCCGUUCAAUGUCAGGUCGGCGCUGGUUGACACCACUCUGCCCCAUGGUGGUGGAGCGGACCGAAUGAGCCCUACCGGAUGUCCUGCGGGUACCAUCGUGGGUUACAGUACCCUCGUCAUGCAACGUCGGAGGGACCUAUAUCCUCCAAUCUCACCGUCAUUCCCAUAUGAUCCGCUUGAAUGGGUCCCAGAGCGAUGGAGCACAUGGACGCCAAACUCAUGGACCUUCAUCCCAUUCAAUGGCGGACCAAGAAUUUGUAUCGGACAACAGUUUGCCAUGGUGCAAAUGGGCUACACCAUUGUCAGGAUUCUGCAAGAGUUUGAUCAGAUUGUUGACCACGGCAGCAAACGCACAAUGCACUGCGACAUCAUCCUCACGCCCGCGGAAGGCGUUCCAAUAGGCUUUGUGAAGAAUAAAAAGGCACGAGUCUAA